CACGCGAGCAGACCGAUGGAUUUCCUGCUGACCAUGCUCCCCGCGAGCGGCGGGGGCGCCGUGGCUGCGGCCGCCGCGGCCGUCGGCGGGCUGGCCGCGGCAGCCACGCUCGCCGGCAAGGCCGGCAUCGUCGGGAUUGGGCAAAAGGACCGCUCCAACGCGCCCCCAGCUGUUCCCGGUUUACCGCUUAUUGGAAAUCUACACCAGUUGAAAGAAAAGAAGCCCCAUAAGACCUUUGCAAAAUGGUCCGAAAUUUAUGGGCCAAUAUACACAAUAAAGACUGGGGCUUCAUCUGUAGCUGUGCUCAACUCAGCAGAAGUAGCCAAGGAGGCAAUGGUUGCGAAAUUCUCAUCCAUAUCUACUCGAAAGCUACCUAAAGCAUUGUCAGUGCUGACUCGUGAUAAAGCGAUGGUUGCUACGAGUGACUACAAUGACUUCCACAAAAUGGUGAAGCGUUUAGUUAUGGCUGGCAUGUUGGGUUCUGCUGCUCAGAAGCAAUUUCGGGACACAAGAGACACGAUGAUGGAUAACAUGUUAAGCACUUUCCGUACACUGGUGACUGACGACCCACAUUCUCCUCUAAACUUUAGAGAAGUAUUCAAGGAAGAGCUGUUUCGCCUGUCCUUGAUUCAGAGCUUAGGUGAGGAUGUGAAUUCAGUCUAUGUCGAGGAGUUUGGGAGGGAGGUAUCAAAGGAAGAAAUCUACCAGAUCACUGUGGUCGACAUGAUGAUGUGCGCAAUUGAGGUUGAUUGGAGGGAUUUCUUCCCAUACCUCAGUUGGGUUCCAAACAAGAGCUUCGAAACAACAGUUGUUACCACAGAAUCCAGGCGAACCGCAGUGGUGCGAGCCUUGGUCAACCAGCAGAAGAAAAGAAUUGAGCGCGGCGAGGCAAAGGUAUCCUAUUUGGACUUUUUGGUAGCAGAGAACGUGCUGACAGACGAGCAAUUGACGAUGAUGGUGUGGGAGGCAAUCAUCGAGGCUGCGGAUACUACCUUGGUGACGUCAGAGUGGGCUAUGUACGAGCUUGCCAAAAACCCAGAAAUACAGGACCGACUGUACCAGGAGAUCCAGCAGGUGUGCGGCGACGAUACGGUCACGGAGGAUCACCUGCGUCAGCUGCCGUACCUUAACGCUGUGUUCCACGAGACGCUGCGGAAUCAUUCCCCGGUACCGCUUGUGCCUCCGAGGUUCGUCCAUGAGGACACCAAGCUGGCUGGCUACGACGUCCCAGCCGGAACAGAGAUGAUCAUCAACCUGUACGGGUGCAACAUGAACAAGAAUGACUGGGAGGAUCCCGAGGCGUGGAGGCCGGAGAGGUUCCUGGACGGGAGGUUCGACGAGGCGGACUUGUUCAAGACCAUGGCGUUCGGCGGCGGGAGGAGGGUCUGCGCCGGCGCCCUGCAGGCGUCGACCAUCUCGUGCACCGCCAUCGCACGCUUCGUGCAGGAGUUCGCGUGGAGGCUGAAGGAGGGUGACGAGGACAACGUUACCACCAUCCAGCUCACUAGCUUCAAGCUCCACCCGCUGCACGUGCACAUCUCGCCGAGAGCAGCAACCAAGUGAAACGUUUGUAUGUUGUGGUUUGGUAAUGGAGUGGUGAGUGAGAAGAAGUGAAGAACUGGUUGUACUCUUGAGAAGAAUAGUAGUAUCAAAGAAUAGUAUACUAGUCGUGGGUUUGAAUGAGUACUAAAUAGUGUGAGAGCUCUUCACUUCUUUUGCUAUUGGUCGUUGUCCUUCAGUAGUUUCUUUGCAGGUUUUAGCAAAAGUAAGAGUUGCUGACUA